AUGAUGAAUAUAGCGAAAAAUUCAUUAGAUGCUCAAGAAAAACAAAGUGACCAAGCCAACAAGAGACAAAAAUACCUAGAAUUUAAAAAAGAAGAUUUAUUGGCGAUUGACAAUAAUGAAACUAGCAUGACAACUUUUCGUCACAAAAAAGUUAAGUUCCCAUUAUUAGAUAAGGCUAUGCAACUUUGGGUUAAGCAGGUUAUAAGUGAUCAAAUAUUUUUGACAGAUUUAAUCAUUAAAGAAAAGGCUGCAUUUUUUGCCUGGGCAUUAGGUUUGCCAGAUAGCGUAUUAAAAUUUUCUAAUGAUUGGGUCUAUAAGUUCAAAAAACAGAAGAAGCUACGAAACUAUCAGUUACAUAGAGAAGCCAAUAACAGGACUAUUCUUUCAGAUAGCACCACAUCAAACGCUCUUAUCGCAACCACAAUCAGAAUAGAAAAAGGUCUUUAUUGUGAUCGUACACGCAUUACUGUAAUAUUGACAGCAAACGCAACUGGAUCUGAAAAAUUAAAGCUAAUAGUUAUUGGAUCUUCUAUUGAACCCCAUGCUCUAGCCCGUUUAAAUUAUGAUACCUUACCUCUUAUAGAGCUUGAUAAGAAGUUUCGCUUGGAAAACUGGCAUAUUUUGUUGUCAGUUGACGGCGCAUCAAGCCAUUAUAAUCCUAAUGAAUCUAAUGAAAAUAAUGAUGAAGAUAAUGAUUCUAAUGAAGAUGUGUCAGAAUCAGACGAAGAAUUAAAUAGUGAAGAAGAGAAAUUAGAAAACCUAACAUCGAAUUCAUUAGACCCAGCAACUGAGCGUGAAAUAAAUAACUUUAACAAUUUAAAUAAUUCUCAAAUACUUACAGAGGAUACUCUUGAUGAAAUGCAAAUUGUAAAUAUUGUAUUAUAUGAACAACAAGAAUAUGAAGAAAGUGACACAAGUGAUACAAAUGAUGAACCAUCUGAAGUUUUUGUUGUAGAGGGAUUAGACGGUUUAAAAAAAUUUGUUAGCUUUUUUGAGCAACAAAAAAGCGAUGAUUUUAAUGUAGAAGAUUUGAAGGUUUUCAGGAAAUACGUGUCAUUGAUAGGGAGAAAAUAUACGAAAUCAAUGAACCAAAAAUCAAUUUCUGACUUUUUCUUACCUGUAUAA